CUAGCUUUUUUUGAGUAAUUUUGCAAAAUUUUAUAAAUUGAUUUAUUUUAAUGCGAAUUUGUUCUUCAUCAUCGAAAUUGUGUUUUCGAGAUUAGAUUAGAUUUAUUCCACCGCCGAUGGUGUAAACCUCAGCAACGGAAACAUCAAACAUGCACAGCAUCGGUUCGAAUUCAAUCUCAAUCUCGUGCAUUUUUUAAAUGGGUAUACAUUUUAAAUUUUACCCAACUUACGCUCAAACCGGUCGAAGCAAACGCUGCUGAAUGAUGAUUAUUUCUUCCCGUUCCCGAAUAGUUUCCGCCCGUUCAACAACAUCACAGUAGCCAGUGCAUGUCUUAGGAGCACAGUACAUGUCUUGCAUUCUUCCUUGUUGCAUCUGCGUGCUGAAGGAUUUGGUUUACCUUACGAAACGUAUUCGAAAUUUUGCUAACAGUGUUGUACACGCUGCACCAAUGACAUCACCUAAAAACAACCGGAAAACGAGGUUGGAAAUGGCAAAACCAUCCAGCGAAACAUCAACGCAACGUCCCGGUGCAAUGGUUUGCAAACCGGGCAAGAAAACGCGCAAUCCGUACUUAAAUUUUUUGCGCGAUUUUCGCAUUAAAAAUUGUCACCUUUCGGUCGUGGAAAUUGUACGCCAGGGUGCGGAACAGUGGCGUCGGAUGACUGAUGAACAGAAGCUACCGUACGUGAAGGUGGCGUUUUACACACCGUUGAAACGGCGCCGUUGUCCCUCUUGCAGGGCAAGGCUCGGACCGAUGAAAACACAGCGUCGCGCCAUUGUGCGCCGGAAGCCAAUGAUCGGUGGCGUUCGUGUGAAACGGGAAAAUCAAAGCAAAGGAGGACGAAGAUAGGGCAGAAACAGAAACGCUUGAGGUAACCGCAAAACUAUUUAAUCUCCUUAUAUUUUGUAUAUGGAUUUUUCCACCGGUUAUCAAGCGUAUCCGUAUGGCAAUCACGCAGUCUUGCCCUCUGCCAAACCCCAAAAUAGUCAAACCGUCCGGAUCGUUAACGUAAACGUUUGGAGUCACUUUGGAGAAAUGAUAAAAAUAAACUCUGCAUAUACAAUACUUUGACCCUUUUUUUCUAUUUCGUCCACCCUCAACAACCAGGGCCGGGGUCUGGUUUGCAAACGUUUGUAAGUGAACCGAAGUGAAUAUCCUCUCAUAAAUUUAUUACUGAUUAUAAUUUUCUUCGUUUAAAUUAAUUUAAUUCAAUUCAAGAUUAUUUUAAAGCUAACGGCUCGAUAAAAAACGAUAACAAACCCUGCAAGAGAAAACUUAACCAACCUUGAAGUCGCGCCAGAAUCGCAAAAUUAUUUUGGUAAAUUGAGCUACUUUUGUCGCGUUCGCAAACGCGACAAUUGCUAAGCAUGUAGUGACGGGGUAACACUCGAUUCUCCACCCAAGCAGAAGAUUUUAAUUAGGCAGACAAUGAACAUUGACAAGUAGACAAAUUCAGUCUCAAAAGGUCAAACACCAUUUAAUCUGCUGCUUCUAUAUAUUUUUAUAUAAAUUAAUCUCAGCCGGCUAGGGUGUUUCGCAUACAUAUAUCCAUUGCUUUAUCACUUUAGAUCAUAGUACGCAUAGCUUAUCGUUAUUCAAUCCUCAAAGAAACCACUUAAAAAAUGAUGCCGUAUAUUUUGCGUAUUUUGCACUGUUCUGGAACGCCACAGGAUGUCCCUACUAUUGCGAGGAAGUUGCGAGAGUUUAACAUAACUGAACAGGAAACAAAUGAGGAACUCGAAACCUCUAUCAAGGAGUCACUGGAACGAGCCAUGAGCAUGGGACUAGUCCGGCAAAAUGCUGGAACCAAUACGUACAAACUUGCAAACAAGUGGUUUUUGCCCGAAUCACAAUCCUUCCAGCGCGAACUGUAUGAGGUUGUACAAAACAUGCCGGAAGCUCUGAAUGAUUCAUUGGAUAGUUCAUCAGAAGAAUUUGCUACCACUUCCCAUAUGCAAUUGGGCUGUAUGGGACCGGGUAUGCGACAACGACGCAGUCCUGCCCAAAUACGAGCUAUUGAGAUUUAUAAAAGGAUGCGUGAGCAACGCGAACGGGAAGAACGCGAAGCAGCAGCACGUGCCAGAAAACGGCGUAAUUCUAGGUCUCAGUCCCGAUCACGAUCACGCACACGCCGUUCUAGUUCAAACAGAACGCGUUCACGAUCAAAGCGUAACCGGUCGUCGACGCGUUCAAGAUCACGCUCGACUCGAAGUGCUCGCAGCAGUAGCCGGUCCCGACGACGUUAAAAUUAGUGAUGAACCAUUGUUUUUUUUUAUCCGAUAUUAAUUUGUUUUAAGACAAAAUUCUUGUUAAUAAACCAGUAGUGAUUUUUGCAACUUGUUUAGUACUAAAACUUAA